AUGAAGCCUCAAUUAUCAAUUUGUGAACUAGCCUCUUAUGAUAUCUUACCAAAGCAACAAACGUUGGUAACAGAAACUAAAAUUAUUGCAGAUAUUCCGCCUACUCAUGAAGAUCCAAAAGUACACGUUCAUGACCCAAAUAUCAUUCAAAGGAAUUUGUUUGAUUCCUUGACUUUUAAACAGACUACUUUAUCAGAGGAUCCGCAUUAUUUUGCAAGUGUUAUUUAUGAGUUGGAACAACAUGGUUCAAUUACAGAAUGGCAUCAAUUAAAGAAGUUGGAUUUAAGUAGACAAAACUUGACCAGUAUACAAAAAUUAGAUCAUUGUUUUCCGAUACUAGAAGAGCUUAAUGUAUCUCAUAAUGAAUUAAAGUCAAUAUCUGGUCUUCCAAAAUCACUUAUUCAUCUUUAUGCCUAUGAUAAUAAAUUAAAUGAUAUAGAAAUGUAUCAUUUGGAUAAAUUACAACAUUUAGAUAUAUCACAUAAUCAUAUAAACGCAUUUCAAGAUAUGUCACAGCUUAAAUCUUUACGAAUAUUGGAUGCAAGUCAUAAUAUGAUUACCUCUUGUAAAGCAUUUCAAAAACUACCUCAGUUAAUAUCAUUGUCUUUAAAAGCUAACUGUCUUCGACGUUUGACUCAUUUUGAAGAAGUAUCAAAAGAUAGUCAACUUGAAAGCUUAGAUGUGUCAUUUAAUCGAAUUGAUAUCCUUAGUUCAAUUGAAAAUUUAACAAAUCUUCGAGAAUUAAAUGCAGACCAUAAUGAUAUAAAGUAUGUUCACUUGAAUCAACCUUUGGAAAGAUUAUGCAAGUUAAGGUUAAGUUUUAAUCGUCUAAAAUCAUUUGACAUGUCACCAUUCCCUGAUAUUCGUAUUCUUUAUCUUGAUGAUAAUCAAAUUGAACGUAUUAUUGGUGCUACUUUUAUCUCUCGUCUAGAUUCAUUUUCACUAAGAGAUCAAGGUCGACAAAAAGUUGAAUUUAAUAUACAAUAUUUACGUGGAGCAAGAAAAUUAUAUUUAUCAGGAAGCCCAUUUGAAAGACUAUGCCAAAUGUAUGACUUUUACUCUUUAGAAUAUCUCGAAAUAUGUGCUGCUAACAUUGAAGAAUUACCAUCCGACUUUAGUAAAUUCAUGCCUAAUCUUUCUACUUUAUAUCUUAGUGCAAAUCGACUCAAAGAUAUUAGACCUUUAAGGAAAUUAAAAUAUCUUAGACGACUUGUAUUAAUUGAAAAUUGUUUAACAAGUAUCAAUGAAGUCAUUCAAGUUGUUCAUCAUUUAAAGCAAUUGCAUUAUUUAGAUUUAAGGUAA